AUGCAUAUGCGAACCCAUGGCACACUACAUAAUUGCCCACGUUGCUCAGUUGUAACAUUCAGUGAGGAGCAGAUAAAUAGCCAUCGCAGUCAGCAUGUGCCUACGCCCGAGAAGCAGCAGUUGGUUUAUGUCUGUUCACGAUGUCAGAUCACUUAUUCUUCGGAAGAUCGUCUCUACCACCAUAUGCUCAAUGCACACGCACAAGUUAUAAUGUAUUUCUGUAAAAAUUGUGAUUUGGGUGACACUCGAGGUCUUGUUGUCUUUGAACACAUAAUGCUCAAUGAAUGUAACUGGCAGAAACAAAGCCAGGUGUUGGAUUGUUCAAAUAUGGGAUUUACGGCGGCUUGUAUGUUUCAUUAUCAACCGGCUAGUGAAUUUGAAUAUCAGAGGAAGGUGUACGGUGGCGAGCUACGUAUUGAUUCCCCGCCAGGACGAAAAGCUUAA